GGGUUGAGAAGGAAGCAGCAGCUUCCUGCAGGGGAGCUGGGGCGGGGGUGCCGCAGGGCUCCGGCCUGGCCCCCGACCCUGACCCCAAUCCCGGCCGGCACGUAUCCAGCCCCAGCUCCAACUGCGGCCCGCUGGGCGGUGCAGCUCCGGCCCAGCCCCGGGCCUGGCCGGCCGGACACUUUUUCUCCAGGUGCCCUGGCCAAGUGGCUCCGGUCCCAACCCCGGGCCCAGCCCCCACCUCCAGGCAGCACGGGUCUGCACCACGGAGGGGGGACAGAUUUGGGGACAAUGGGGCAUUGGUCCAUCCAUUCCCAUCGCUCAUCUGCUCUACUACAUUUACCCUGAGGCACCAGCCCCUGGUAACCACCCUCCCCCUCCCCCCCAUGGGAGGUAACAGUCCCCCAGAAUCCAGGGACCUCGGGAGCAAAGACGCUUCUGGGAGCCACAGCACAGUGAACCUCCGUCUGGGGCUGGCCUGGCCCAGACGCUCCCAGACGCUGUGGGAGCACGAGAAUGCCGUGGCCAUGCACCGCGUGUUCCAGAUGGACCUGUACCGGCUGCGGCUCAUGGCAGCCCGGGCCUAUGUCAAGGCGCUGGAGCCCAGCCUGGCGCCCAUCACAUCCACACUGCAGGAGCCCCUUAAGAUGAAUGUAGUGGUCCAGGGCAUCGGCCCCACCUUCAAACUGACCCUCCACAUUCAGAACACAUCAGCUGGGCGCCCCUCCAUCAACCUGCUGGUGAGCUUCCUCUACGACCAGAGCCUCUAUGCCAUGAAGAGAGCCUUCUUCAAGGCCCCCAUGCUGGUCCCGGGACUGAACUACCCCAUUGAAACCUUUGUGGAGUGUCUGAGCGACAAGGGGAUCUCGGACGUCAUCAAGGUGUUUGUACUGCGGGAGGGCCAGAGCAUGCCCUUGCUGACUGCCCAUAUCAACAUGCCAGUGAGUGAGGGCCUGGCUGCUGCCUGAACCGUAGAGACCAGAGCUGCAAUAGAUCCCAUAGGAGCCCUCACUGGAUCAGAGCCAGGACUGGGAGCCGAGGCCCCCUGCUGUGCAGUGAACCACCAGCUGCCCCCAGGGUGCACGCUGCU